AUGUCUUGGCACUUUGCGGUAAUACUCGUCUUACUCGGUUCUUUACAAAGGAUUUUGACCAUUGAGCAUGAUUCGAUAUGUACAAAGGAUGAAAUUUGCCCAGAGCCAAGUCAUACUGUUAUGAGACUUCGCGAAAGAAAUGAUAAAAAAGCUCAUUUAAUUGCCAAACAGCAUGGUUUGGAAAUUAAGGGUAAUCCAUUUCUUGAUGGUACGUAUUAUUUUGUCAGUCAUUUAUCAAAAGAACGUUCAAGACGGCAAAAGCGUGAAAUAAUCUCGAAAUUGCAAGAACAUCCUGAUGUUUUAUUGAUCGAAGAACAAAGGCCGAGGGUAAGGCGAAAACGUGAUUUUGUGUACUCGGAUACUGUUUAUGAACCUAAUAAUGAUUCCACUAAUGUUGUAAAGCAUUCUGUAUCGAUAGCUAAUAUGGAACACCGAUUUGAUUCCGUAUCACGAGAUGUACCUGUUUUACCAUUUCCAGAUCCCUUGUAUAGAGAACAGUGGUAUUUUAACAAUGGUGCACAGGGAGGUUUUGAUAUGAAUGUACAGGCUGCUUGGUUAUUAGGUUAUGCUGGUCGUAACGUAUCUGUUUCGAUAUUGGAUGACGGUAUCCAGCGAGAUCAUCCAGAUCUGGCGGCGAAUUAUGAUCCAUUGGCAAGUACGGAUAUUAACGGUCAUGAUGAUGAUCCAACACCGCAAGAUGAUGGUGACAAUAAGCAUGGUACACGAUGUGCAGGUGAAGUUGCAUCAAUUGCUGGGAAUGUAUACUGUGGCGUUGGUGUUGCAUUUCAUGCAAAAAUCGGAGGUGUACGAAUGCUGGACGGUCCUGUGAGCGAUAGUGUUGAAGCAGCAAGUCUCUCUCUUAAUCGUCACCACAUCGAUAUUUAUUCGGCGAGCUGGGGUCCUGAAGAUGAUGGAAGGACGUUUGAUGGUCCUGGGCCGUUAGCUCGAGAGGCAUUUUAUCAUGGUGUUAGAGCAGGACGUGACGGCAAAGGAAGCAUUUUUGUUUGGGCCAGUGGUAAUGGUGGCUCAAGACAAGAUAGCUGUUCGGCCGAUGGUUAUACGACAUCUGUCUAUACGCUUAGUGUUAGUUCUGCAACAAUUGAUAAUCGUAGCCCGUGGUAUCUGGAGGAGUGUCCGUCAACCAUCGCUACAACAUACAGCAGUGCUAACAUGAAUCAGCCAGCUAUUAUAACGGUUGAUGUACCACAUGGUUGUACUCGUUCGCAUACGGGGACUAGUGCAUCUGCACCACUUGCAGCGGGUAUUAUUGCGUUGGCACUGGAAGCUAAUCCAAAUUUGACAUGGCGCGAUAUGCAACACAUUGUAUUGCGAACAGCCAAUCCAGUGCCAUUGCUAAAUAAUCCAGGCUGGUCAGUGAAUGGGGUCGGGCGCCGAAUCAACAACAAAUUUGGUUACGGAUUGAUGGAUGCCACGGCAUUGGUAAAGCUUGCAUUGAUCUGGAAGACAGUACCAGAACAACAUAUUUGUACAUAUGAUUAUAAGUUGGAGAAACCGAAUCCACGGCCAAUAACGGGUAGUUUUCAAAUGAAUUUUUCUUUGGAAGUAGGUGGUUGUGAAUCUGGCACACCAGUUCUUUACCUCGAACAUGUACAAGUUUUGGCAACAUUCCGCUUUGGAAAGCGAGGAGACCUGAAACUUACGCUGCUUUCGCCACGUGGUACCUCAUCAGUUUUACUUCCACCUCGUCCACAGGAUUUCAAUUCAAAUGGUAUCCACAAGUGGCCCUUCUUGUCCGUACAAACAUGGGGUGAAGACCCUCGUGGAACGUGGACUUUGAUGGUGGAAUCUGUUAGCACGAAUAGGAAUAUCGGAGGAACGUUCCAUGACUGGUCGUUAUUGCUGUACGGUACAGCAGAGCCAGCUCAACCAAAUGAUCCUCAACACCCCUCAAAUGUACCAUCUUUUGAUUCAGUCGAAUCUCCGUUUGAUCGAAUAACUCAACAUCUAGUAUCACAGGAAAUGAAGCAAAAGCAGCGUGAUUCUAGAGAUUGGCAGCCUGAGGAUAAGGACUCGCUUUUGGUUGAUGCUCUAUCAGAAUUGCGGAUCUCACUACCGGUUCUGUUGAUGACACUGCAGUUGGCCGUCUUAGUGCUUGUUACAUUAGCUGCAGUAUUGGCUUGUCGGCGUGCAAUGAAACCUACUGUUACUCCUACUACUACUUCUACUGCUACUACACCUUCUACUAUCUCUCUUGCUAGUAAUAUUUCAACAGCAGCAACCAUUAUACCUCCUUCACCUUCAUUGGGUACUAUAACCUAA